CAAGCUGAAAUCUCUUUACUUGAAGUUUGAGUUUGGGAGUAGAAAGAAAUAGAGAAACAAACGACUUUAGCAAAGCCCCUUCGUUGUUACAACAUCACUUCAUUCACCCGCAAACGAGUCAGGACACCGUCAGUGAGUGACCAUUGUCCGAGCUGUGCUGCUAGCUUCAUCGCCAAACUGACCAGCCACAAAGAUCCGUCACUCCCGUCGUGAGCUUGCAAAUGAGGUCAAGCCAAGAGAAAAAUAUUGUUGUGAGUUUGUGAUGAAAUCAACGUGACAGAAGCAGGCAGUGCUUGUGCUGGUCCUGCACUACUGACUGUACAGGCGCUCUAUAGCUAGAUCUAACGCCCUGGACCUGGUGAUAGCUGAGCGCUUGCCGGUUUAUCUACAAAUCCUCUCUCGUAUUGCCAGUGUACGGACGGUAUGUCUGCUGGGUCGAACGUCCGCACAAAGUAGCUGCGAGCGACAGCACCUCACAGCAUGCAGGCGUGAUAGGGCGCGUUCAACUCGACACCUCGUGAGUCGUCUCAGCUGAUAGUAGUCACAGCGAGUCGUGUAACGAAGUCAGUUCCCAAGAAGAUCUAGGUCGUACAGUUGCGGAUAAGUUGAAAGACAAGGUCGAACUCACCGUCAGGGAACCGUGCCAGCGGGACUCGAGACAAGCGAUUGAGGGAAUCGUGCACCGAACGCUAGGGGAAAUUGUCACACGCACAAGAGCACCACCUCUGCUCACAUCGGCACAGUCGUCAUGGCGCGCCUAGUCAUAGAGAAGCCCCGCGCCAAGGUGGAACGGCUCGAGUUCGGACGGCAGAAGCGCGAACGCGCUGCCCUCGAAGCCAGCAAGUCGCGUGCCGACAAGCUGUUCGACUUCGCCGAGGAAGCGCCGGAGGAUCGCGUCUCGUUCGGCACUAAGUCACACCGUCUGAUGUUCCCGCUGUACGUACCGGAUCAUCGGUUCGGUCAGGCUGUAAUGCCGCCCGGGUUAGAGAACCCCGGCAUUGGACCGGCUAGGUACGACACUGAAGAUCAAACCAGUCUGCUACACGGUUUGGAGAGUCACGUGGAGACCAGCAAAGGCACGGUGAUGGGUGGACGAACGGCGGACCGCUUUGACAAGAAUAAGGCGAGCUACCUGGAAGCCCCAGCACCAUGUGAGCAUGUGUCACAGAAGGACUGGAGUAGUAAAACUGCCUACAAGCCGUUUCACAGCGGGGUAGCGUCAAGUGCAAGAUUCCCUGGAGUCAUUCCCAAGAGUCGACAAACACCUGGUGCCGGACACUACGAACACGACGUGGAGCGUGACCGCAGGCCGCUCUACCAUCACACGUUUGGCGGACCGCGCGUGCUGAAGGUAGAGGCUGAACGACUCCUGCCCACUGCUGGACCCAGUCAACGCAAUAUGACACACCAGCCAUACAUCCGCCAUGGCUACUCUUACAGACCCGACGUAUUAGAAGCCUAUAGGGGCAGUUACUUGCAAGCAUUUUACGGCGAGCAUCUUGAAGAGAAUCAGGAUGUUCUGACGUUGCUGGAGGGACAGCGCGCCCCCAUACAGCUACGCAAGAAGGCAUACCUGAGUCGCUACUUUGACGACGCCCCGCCGCCUGGACGGACACAGGCACUGAAGCGGGCAGAGUGAUAAGCCAUGCAAUCUACGCUGUGUUACAAAGCCGGCAGUAUGGUUGCACGGAUGACCGAUUGAGACCGAUGUGUUGGAUUGGUUCUGGACGUAUCGGUGCGUACUGAGAUGUGACGGGCGCUCGUGGAUGAGCGUACCGUGCAGUAUGCGUGAACCACACUCGCCAGUCACAGCCCUAGCUGGUGUGUGUGUAUACAUAUGUACAAGUAGACCUGAAAGCUAGGAGUAGACUCGUACUGGUAUAGCUUGAUAAGGCUGGUUGAGUGGCCAAUACUGGUUGAACACUGUAAACGGAAUAAUUUUAUAUUUAGAUGUUUCUCGAUCUGCGAACGGAACUGUUUCGUCCUUUGUGGACUCGUUUUUUUCUUUCUUUCAAUUGUUCAGACUCGUGUUCUCGGCCUGUGUGUCGCUGCCGCAUCUUUGUGUGCAGUCUUGAAAUGCCACCGUCGAUCCUCAUGUUCGGCCAUUUGUAGUCUUGUGGUCACACUUCCCUCGGUCAGCUGUUGACGGUUGCAAACCUUGGUGCACAUGUGCAUGCUUGCGUCACGAGAAUGUUAGCUUGGCCGUGUG